AUGGAAUCCGUGCUUAAGAAGGCGUAUCUCCUGGCCUACAAUGGCUCAAUGUUCACUGGCUGGGCCGUCAUUCUUGCCAAGAUUGUCCGUCACCUGGCGUCCGGAAAAAACAUUCAGGAUGUUUACCCACUCAUUGCUAAGCUUCUUGUUUUUUUCCAGAGUGGUGCAGUGAUGGAGGUACUGCAUGCCAUCGUGGGGUUGGUGCGUGCGCCGGCUUCCACCACCGCUAUACAGGUAUCAUCUCGUCUUCUGGUGUUGUUUGGUGCGCUUCAGAUUGGCGUCACCGACGCGCGCAGUAGCCCCUGCUUCACCCAGAUGGUUGUGGCGUGGUCCUUGUCGGAGGUUAUUCGUUACGCCUACUACACAACGAACUUGCUUGACGUAAAAUCCAAGCCACUCACAUGGCUUCGCUAUUCUGCAUUCAUGCUGCUUUACCCCGUUGGCAUUAGCGGGGAAAUUGGUUGCUUUUAUAAGGCUCUCCCAUACAUUAAGGCGAACAAACCAUGGUCGAUGGAGCUUCCCAACCGCUACAACUGGACCUUCUCGUGGUACAAUACCGUGUGGUUUAUUCUACUCGGCCUUUACCCAUACGGUAGUUACGUCAUGUACACAUACAUGCUGCAGCAGCGCCGAAAGGUGUUGGGCGCCAUCAAAAGCCCAACCCUAGAGGCAGAGUCGGCAGAAACAAAGAAGUCUGACAAAAACUCAAAGAAGCAUGCUUGA